AUGCCCAAGUCUGCGAAUACCGCAGAUGAAUAUGAUAUCAUCAACCAUCAAGACUCAGCACUAGACCCUGGAGUCGUCGCUCAAUUGAGGGAAUGGCUCCAACCUACCGAUUAUCUCGCUGAGUCGGGCGAGUUUCGUCGCAACUUUCUCUCGCAAGCGCCAAAAACUGGGCUCUGGAUCUGUCAGACAGAGGAAUAUCGGAAGUGGCACGAUUGCCCACAUCACGGAAAUCUUUGGAUCAAAGGUGUGCCUGGUGCUGGCAAGUCUGUUAUGGCAGCCAGUCUGAUUCAGCACCUCAAAGUCACCCAAGACUGCCCAGUCCUUUUCUUCUUCUUUAGGAACAUUGUCGCUGCUAGCUCCUCACCCCGGGCUCUGCUGCAAGACUGGCUUGCCCAGCUUCUUCCGCAUUCCCCGAAACUACAGUUCGCCCUCCAAUCUCGACGGCUCACAACCAAUUUGGAAGACACAUCGGACAACGAACUGAUUCAGCUAUUCAUAGAAGGUAUAUCUUGCGUACCGAGACUAUACUGUGUCGUAGAUGCCCUUGACGAGAUGUUGGCCGACAACACACUCUUUUUACAGAAACUCAACAGCCUCGCUACACAUCGACCUGAGACUUUGAAGCUGCUCAUGACUAGUCGCCCAGAGCAACAUCUACAGAAAUCAUUACGAGAUUCAUCAAUUGUGCACAUUAGCCUUCAGCAGAGCCUGGUUGAUGCAGACAUACUCGCUUACCUCAACCAUCGAUUUAAUGUGUCGCCAAGGUCUGAUAUUAAUCAUCAAUUCAAACAAGAUAUCAUCGAUAUGGUUGCAAGAAAGUCUCAAGGUCUGUUCCUUUUUGCCAAAUUGACGAUGGAUCAGUUCGAGGAGUCUCCGCCAUCAGAUAACCCCGUUGAUAUCUCCGCGCUUGAGACGUCUCUCCCAGUCGGUCUUGAGCAAACUUAUACCCACAUUCUGGAAAAGAAACGUUGUGAGUCUGGAAUAACCACGGAGAUGCAGCUUACGAUACUGGAAGCCAUCACUCAUGCAUCCAAACCGCUGCGGUUGAAUGAGCUUGCAAGUCUCUUAGAAUGUGUAUAUCCGAACCUGACAAAGCCAAAUACAUUCAAGUCUUUGAUUGCAAUGAGUUGUGGGUCUCUAAUCGAGAUCCUCGAAGAUGAGACUUUGCAGGUAGUUCACCACUCUUUUACAGAAUUCCUACGGGGGGAGAGUCGCAGUGCUUUGACGCCGAAAGCAUCUACAUUUCCUAUCAUCGACUCGCUCCAGGCACAUCGACGCAUGGCCUUAAACUGUCUGGAGUAUCUUCAGGCUGGCUCACUGCUCUUGGACGUUGAGAAAUCUGGUAAGAUACCUCUUGAUCCGACCAUCACAUUUAUGUCGCCCAGAAACGCUCUUGAUCUUUAUGAAAGUAAUCAGAGAGUCCUACACUUGAAGUCUGUUGAACAGACCGAUCCAUUUGACUACAGGACUGCUCGACUGCUACAUCCGUUUCUUAGCUAUGCUGUGGAAAACUGGUCAUAUCAUGCAAGCUUCUACGAUGUGUUGGACAACAACUUUAUUCAAGCCAUCACUAAUUUUGUCGAUCACCACAACAUUCCGUUCCUGCGAUGGCUGAUGAUUGAAUGGGGGACGACUUCAUCUCAGAAAGGUCUUACUCAUGGAAUCCCAACACCUCUCCAUCUCGCAGCCUUUGCAGGGUUGUCUGGGUUUGCUUCAAAACUGUUACGACAAAAUGCGUCUGUGUCAGCACUCGAUGCUCAAGAGCGAACUCCCCUUCACUGGGCAGCUGUAAAUGGCCAUUUGAAAGCCGCAUCCCUGCUUCUACAGCAUGGGGCGGACCCUGACGCCGAUGAUAUAAGGGGCCUGAAGCCGAUCCAUCUAGCAACUUUAAGAGACCGAGUAGAAGUUGUCAACCUACUGCUUAAAAAUGGUGUCAGCCCGGACACAGCCAAAACCAAGGAAAAUUAUGAAGGCUAUAGGUGUUGUACAAAGAGUACGAAAGGGGAAACUGCUAUAACCUACGUCAGUCGUGCAGGAUGUAUCGGCACUGUCUUAGUCAUGGCGCCUUUCUGUGACCAGAUCAUGCUGGACAAAAUGCUGUGCCUGCUGUGCUCAUGGAACCGAAUAGAAGCUGUUCAAGCCCUAUUAGACAACUCGCCGGUCUCACCUAAUGCCACUUACCGAAAUGCGACGGCAUUGUAUUACGCUUGCGAUACACCUAGCUCGAAAUGCGUUCAGAUGCUGAUCAACAGAGGUGCGGACGCCAAGAAAUUAUCUCGGCUAUGCCAGGAUAGCAAGACGUUCUGUAAACACGACCAGGCACCGAUUCAUCGGCUGGUAAAAGAAUGGAGCGACACCAACGAUGCAGAGUGCCGAAAGACGUUGAAGGCUCUGCUCAAAGGCGGUGCUGACAUCAAUCAGCUGAAUGGAGAAGGGACGACUGCUUUACUCGAGGCAGCGACCUAUUGUAGGAACGGAUAUAACAAGUCCGGUCCAUGUUUGCCUUCUGUGAAGGCACUCGUUGAGGAGGGUGCAAAUGUCAACGGAAUUAAUCCUCUCUCGGAUGAUGGAACUACAACGAGAGAGACGUACGUGUGGCCAAGCAGCGCUUUGCACAGAGUCGCUAGCAAUAGCCGAGAUUUGGAAGUGUUGAAGCUAUUGGUGGACCGUGGAUGCGAUUUGAACAGCAAGACUCUGCUCGGACAAACAGUACUUUUGAGUGCUAUGAAUCCCGCACUGCGCAACCAUCGACAUGAAUCAGAAAGUAAGACACGAGCUGUUAUCGAAUAUUUACUUGAACAAGGAGCUGAUCCUUCGUGUCAUGACAAUGAUGGCAAUUCUCCACUUUCUCAUGCUAUGUCACUCGGUACCAGUAUAUUCAAGAUUCUGUUCUCAAGAUGCCAGGAAGUCCAAGAAAAGAAACGUUGCUGGUUUUCGCUAUCCAAACUCCGCCGAAAGGAUACAGAAAAGUUCUCACAGUGCCUGGAAAUGUUUCUACAGGAGGGCUUUGACAUCGACACGAAAGAUGAAGGUGGUAAAACACUUUAUCUGUACUGCUGCCUACGGGGACCACGCGAAAGACUCGAAAUUCUAAUAAGCCAUGGAGCAAACCCCAAUCUGAAAGAUGAUGAGGGGAACAAUGCACUAUUCCUCUAUUGUCUUUCCGAAAGAAACGACUGUGAAGCAUUUAGACAACUCAUCGCCCAUGGAGUAAGUCCUCUCAAAUCGAAUAACGAUGGCAAUGGCCUUCUACACCUUAUCGCAAAGUGGUAUAAGACCGACGAAAAGCACGCAGAAAUUGUCCACUAUCUGAUUGAUCUGGAUGUCCCUGUCAGUCCAGUCAACCAUAUGGGAUCAACCCCCCUGCAUUUGUACCAAGAAAUAGAUGGACGAUGUCACGUCAAUGAGAAGGAAAAGGGUUAUCACUUCAUUGAUGUUCUCCGCAACAACCACAACAUCGACUUCAGAGUCCUAGAUAAAAAUGGUUACUCGUCUUUCCACAUUGCAGCCACGAAAUCAGAAGCGGAGGUUGCGAAAAUGAUAGACUGUGCCGUCGAUAUAAACCUUCAAACUUCGGAUUCUCAGAAUGCUCUGCACCUGGCAUGCCGUGCCCGCCAGCCAAACAUAGUCGGUCAAUUAUUGACGAGAGGCAUCAACUUUGAUCUGCAGGAUAACUUAGGCAGAACACCGCUCUAUUACGCUUGCCGCUCGGGUCAAGCAGAAUGCGUGGCAUGGCUACUGCGUUAUGGUGCUUCUCCCCAUUUGAACGCAUCCGAUGGUUCAACCGUCCUUCAUGCAUGUGCAGAAGUUGCAUCGGAAGAAGGCGAAUCUUCCCAGCGUUCAGGCAUUCCCCGACCUUGGUAUCUUCGGAAGUGCAAUAGUCCCCCGCCAAUGGGCUUCAAGACAAAUUUCUCGCCAGGUCUUUCACAAAUUAUUGAGUCUCUAAUUGAGUCUGGUUUCGACGUCAGUUGCCGUGACAAUUAUGGAACAACGGCACUCGAUCUUGCUCUCUUCACAGGAUGUUCUGGACUGACCGAGAUAUUCUAUCGGUCUGACAAACUCCUCGAGCAAGCUACCAAACAUCUGGAGAACGACAAUCAUAUUUCGGAGUUAGUGCUGAAGUCGCGAGGGAGACUUCGACUCCAGAUAUCGCUGAUGCUUCCGAGGCCUUACCUGGUGUCUUUGCGUGAAGGUGAUCCCAAUUUCAAGUUGCUUCUUGAGAAUCCUGGCAUUACUCUGGGCAUAUUGACAACCGACGAAAUAACAAUGCUCACUAUGAAGAGCUUCAAGGCGACACCAUUGUCGACUUCAGUUCAUGAGCUACUCGGUCGACUUGUGAAGCCUGAGUCUGAGCAAAAUAUAGACCACUUGAAAGUUAUCGAGAGUGCCUAUGAGUUUGUCAUUUACUACAGCACAUUCGAUGGAGUUAAGUCGAGACUCGAGGCUGCUACUUCCGAGCCGUCAACAUACAGCGGAAAGCCUUCUUUGACUGCCCUGGCAAUGGCAUGUUCCGGGAAGGAAUCCAACUUCGUAACUGUGAAGACGCUCGUCGAAAAGCUGAAGGUAGAUGUGAAUGCUCAUUUUGCAAGUGUUCCUUCAUAUGUUCGAGGAAGAUCAUGCGAUAUAGUUCCAGGUGGCACAGCUCUCCAUCUCCUCUCGUCAGCAGAAGGAUACUGGCAGUUAGAAGCGUUGAAGUACAUUCUCGCUCAGGGCGCAGAUAUUAAUGCAAGCGAUGAGAAGGGAGAGACUCCUCUUCAUAUUGCUUCCGGCAGACCGGAGUAUGGAAAACAAGGCCUAUGGAAAUCGGAAGCUGUAAGAACCCUUCUCGAGCAUGGAGCCGAUGUCAAUAUCCUUGAUAAGGGAGGCGAAUCUGCUCUCCACAAGGCAUCUUGGGCACCCGAUAUCGUACAGGAACUUCUUACGAAUGGAGCAGACGCCAAUAUUGGGGUUAAAAGCCCCUUGUUUGAGUCCAUCCGUGAUCAGAACCUCGGAACGCUGAAUUUGCUUCUCAAAUAUGGGGCAAACGCUGAUGCGACUGAUGAAGAGUGUCAAAGCUGUUAUGUUGACAUGGAAUCAAACAGAUCUCGCCUAGUAUGCCCUCUUAUCUUUUCGGCAUUCACUUUAACAAACUUCUUGGGGAUUGUUAAUGACCUAUCAAAUUCUGUUCCCUUACUAGUGGCACUCAUCCAGCACGGUGCCGACCUCUAUCUCCCGUUAAAUGACGACGAGACUUUGCUUCAAUUUCUAUUCGAAUACACUGAAUACGAAAUCAUUGAAGCCCUACUACAAGAACCCUGUGUAUCACAGAUCGACUUCAACCGCCGUGAUCAACAAGGUAGAACCAUUUUAAUGGCAGCAUGUGAUUGGAGACGAGACCUCUUAGGUUGUUCGGCGAAGCCACGUCGACGGCUGCAGGCAUCGAAAAAGAUAUCCCCGUUGGAGAUCUUGAGUCACGGAGCUAACGCCUCUUUGGUGGAUUUUUCAGGCAAAACUGCACUACACCAUUUGUUGAACAAUCCCGGAUACCCCGAUCAUGUUCUCAUCAGUCUCAUAAAUCGACCAGAGGUAUCUCCUACAUUAUUCCAGAAGGACAGUGAUGGGUACUCACCAUUGCAUUGCGCCUUGCGCACAUUACGUCCAACAGUUUGUGAAGCUCUAUUGGAAAAAGGCGCAGAUUUAUCAGAACCCGAUCCCCAAGGUCGUACAGUCUUGCAUCAUAUCGCAUCUCAAUGUCUUCUCCAGCAACGCGAGCAUGUAGAUGGAUGGCGGUGGUAUAAUGAUUUGCCAGAAGAUUUCUUUGACAGUUGCAUCUCUCUCUGGAAGAGAUAUAUAUCUCAAGGUGGUUCGAUCAAUGCUGCUGAUAAUGCUGGGAACACCCCUUUGCAUCCCUAUCUGUCGAUGUUGGAUCCUCAGAAAGACAACGAGAAGGGGCCAGCCUGCCACAUAGAUCACUACGAGAUACUGUUUCCAGAGGAGAGUGGGGUUGAUGUUUUCGCUGUCAACAAAGCUGGAGAGACGGCACUGCACAAAAUCGCAUCUCGGCCACCCUCAACGUAUUUGGUGGAAGGGCAUGACAAGGCUCUGUUUGUGAUGAUGAUGGAGAAGGGACUAGAUCCUUUGAAGGAGGAUAUAAAGGGGAGAAGUGCUUUGGAUGUUGCGAGUGCUUGUGAUAAGAAGGGUAUUCUUGGGUUGCUAGCUAGGAAGUAA